UGGAGCAGAGAGACAUGCCAUUGGAGAAAAUUGAUUACAUCCCAAUCAACAAUAACUUGUUAGCUUUAGUCAAUGUAUCAGCCUCUUGAUUAUUUUUUUUCCUCUUUUACUCCAUGGUCAAAGGAUGUUAAUUUUGUUGGGAGCAGUGUGAAUUCUCUUUGAGGACAGGAGGAAGGGAUUUUUUUUUUUUUUUUGUAACAGGCUGUAUACACACUGUAUCCAACAACACAGAACCUUCUUGGACAAUAGUGUUGAAAAGUCAUCUUCGAAUCAGGCUGGUGGAAUCCUUAUCCCAAUCAUUGACACCUCCCUCUCACCACCCUCACUUUUUUUUUUAAUUCAUUUUAACCUUGCAGAUUGUAUCUCGACUCUCGACUGUCUUUAAGAAGGCAGCAAAGGAGAAACCCUCUGUCGGAGCAGUUGGGGGAGAACUUUUUGGGUUUUUUUUUAAUUUGGCUUCUCUGCUCAAGGUAGGGUUCCAUAAUGACUUCCAAGGAAGAAGCAAAAGCCUCUUCUGUAGAGGAAAGAAGAAGAAAUGCCUUGGAUCAUUUGCCACCUCCUGCAAACUCCAACAAGCCCUUGACUCCUUUUAGUAUUGAGGACAUUCUGAGCAAGCCCUCAGUCAGGAGAAGUUACACUAUUUGUGGGACUGCUCACUUACUAACCUCAGCAGAGAAACCACCACCUACAGGGCUACCACUGUCCAGCAGAACUCUGCUCUCCCAGACAUCACCCCUCUGUGCCCUGGAGGAACUGGCCAGCAAGACCUUCAAAGGACUGGAAGUCAGUGUCCUACAAGCUGCAGAAGGGCGAGAUGGAAUGACAAUUUUUGGUCAGCGACAGACUCCCAAAAAGAGGAGAAAGUCCAGAACAGCUUUUACAAAUCACCAGAUCUAUGAGCUGGAAAAGAGGUUUUUAUACCAGAAAUAUUUAUCACCUGCAGACAGAGACCAGAUCGCUCAGCAGUUGGGACUGACCAAUGCUCAGGUGAUCACCUGGUUCCAAAAUCGCAGAGCUAAACUCAAAAGGGACCUGGAGGAGAUGAAGGCAGAUGUAGAGUCAGCCAAAAAACUUAGCCCUUCCACAGUGGAGGCUGUUCUUACAAUCUCAGAACUUGAAGAGACUGAAUCUGUCACUAGUGGGGGAAAAAACAGGUCCAGAUCUCCAACCCUUUCUCUACCAGGUCACCUCCAAAUAUCCCCCUCAUCCCCCUUCACAGACCCCCAGACCAGUCAAGAAUGCUCAGAAGACGAGGAAGAUGUCGAAAUCGACGUUGACGAUUAAUUCCUAUCUACAUUUAUUUUUAAAUAUAUAUUAUAAACACAUCACAGAAAAAGAAAAAAGACUUGAUGAAUACAAUACAAGCACGGACAGUAAAUUAUAAUGCUGCACUUGUUUUCAUAAUAAAAGAAAAAUUAUAAAGAAACAAAAGACAACAAAAUCAUAUUUAACAACAAAAUCAGUUUCUUUUCAAUUAAAGCAAUAAACAAUAUACGAAAAAAAUAAAUAAAACAAAGACUAAAUUUACCACAGCUGCCAAAUCAGGUAGUCUUUUUUUUUUUUCUUUAAUUAUUAUUUUUAAUUGUUAUAAUAUUUUUUCCUUCUUCUUUUUUUUUGGAAUGGUGCAAUUG